AUUUUUUUUUUCAAGCAGGAUGUCAUCAUCUUCAUCCGAUGGACUCGACCAAAGAUUGGAUGAAGUUUUCGACGAAAUAUGCGAAGAUACAUUAAACAACUUCUUGGAACCCCAAACCGAUAAGCAAAGGAAGCGUGCUUAUAUAGAACGAAACCGUGAAGAAGGACACACCCGUUUAUGGAAUGACUACUUUGCCGAAAAUCCCACAUAUGAAGCACAUUUAUUCAGACGCCGUUUCCGUAUGAACAAGGAAUUAUUCAUGAGUAUUGUCUAUAGCCUCUCACAGAACGUUCCAUUCUUUCAACACAAACCAGAUGCUACCGGGAGGCUUGGUCUUUCUCCACUACAAAAAUGUACGGCAGCAAUUCGUAUGCUUGCAUAUGGUUCGGCGGCUGACGCGGUUGACGAAUAUCUCCGACUUGGUGAAAGCACGGCACUUUCGUGUUUACAUCAUUUCACUGAUGGAAUAAUACAAUUAUUUGGGGAUCAGUAUUUACGCAGACCCACACCAGAGGAUCUUCAACGACUUCUCGACAUUGGAGAAAAACGCGGGUUUCCUGGGAUGAUUGGAAGCAUUGACUGUAUGCAUUGGAGGUGGAAAAAUUGUCCAACCGGUUGGAAAGGACAGUACGCACGUGGAUCAAGCAAACCGACAAUUGUCUUUAGAGGCUGUACCUUAAAUGAUAUUAAUGUCCUCGAUCGAUCUCCUGUUUUUGAUGACAUUAUAGAAGGUCGAGCUCCAAGGUUAGAGUACGUGGUCAACGGACACAAGUAUAAGUUAGCUUACUAUCUCACAGACGGUAUAUAUCCAAAAUGGUCAACAUUUAUCCAAUCUAUCUCACGUCCUCAAGGUCCUAAAGCACGGUUAUUUGCUAAAAAACAAGAAGCAGCCCGAAAAGAUGUGGAACAUGCUUUUGGAGUUUUGCAAGCUCGAUUUGCGAUUGUCAAAAAUCCGGCUCUUACAUGGGACAAAAAAAGAUAG